UUACCGUUGUAAACACUCUAAACUAUAAACAGACUAGCGUGGUCUUAACUUCGAUGUAGAAUAUCGGAGAAUUCUCCUUACCAGUUUGGUUAAUUUGGACAUUUCUGGGCUGACCAACCGGAGAUCUCCUCACUGCGUUCUUUGCUUAUAAAUUCUCAAGAUGUCAGAUGAUGAGCCUUUCAGAACGCUUGCUUACAAAAAGAGUCCCAAAGCUUCAAGGAGAACCACCUUCCAGGAUGAGUUGGAGGCAGCUGUGUCUGCAAGGUCAAGGAAGCACAACACUGGGAGCCACUCUUACGCAGACGACUUUGAGGAUGAUGAUGUACUAACAGAAAUACUGAACAGACGAAAGAAAAAGUUGGAAUUAUUCCGGAAAGGGAAGAAGCAAGUUAAGGUUCAGGAUUUUCAGCUGUCUGAUGAAGAGGAUAAUGCAAAGCCCAAAAGGGUAUCCUUCUUGAAAUCUAAAAAGACAAGCUCUCCUUUGGAGAGCAGGUAUGUUGAAAAGGAUGACACUGAAAAGGGUGAGACUGAAAAAGGUGACACUGAAAAGGGGGAGACUGUUAACAGCAUCAACAGUGCACUGAAUGAAUCUUCACAGUCAACUUUGUCUAGUGGCAAAUCAGAAAGAGGUCAAGGCCAUUCAGUUUUGACCCCGGAAUCUAAAGGGAGCAUUUCUGACUCAUCACAGCUCUGGCAAGCUCGGUCAGAAACCUCUGUCUCCCAGAGGGGCCAAUCAGAAUCUUCUGUGGAAAAGAGAGAUCUGUCAGAAUCUUCUUCACCCCAAAGGAACCAAUCAGAAUCUCCGCAAUCCCAGAAACACUUCUUACCCCGGAAUGGGAGAUCAGAUUCAUCAGCAUCAGUUCUUUUCCACUCUGAAAACAGACAGAGAGAUUCUUCGUCACCUCACUUGUCUGAAGAAGGUCAGAGAGUCUCGCCUCACUCAACAGAGAGUAGUGAGCAUGGCAAAACAGUUACUUCAGGAUCACAGGAGCCACAUCUUCCCCAGCCAAGGGAGCGAGGUGUGAAAGAGAAAUCCACAACAGACACUCUCGCUGAAGAAGGACCUCCCAAACCCAAGCCACGUCAGAGGAUGCUGAGGGUGGGCAGUCCUGUGGAAGAGAGGCCGGCGGCAGAGCCUCUCCCCAGCCCUGCGCUCUCCCCCUCUGCAUCUAUCAGGAGGGAUGACACCGCCUCCUCUUCCUCUUCAGGGAACAGAGGCCCUUCCAGCCACAGUCCUCAGGUUGUAGAAAGAGAUCCAACGGCAUCUUCGAAGCUGAGCAGGUACUCAUCAUCUACUGGUGAUGGGAUGUCUUUACAGAAAUCUAUUGAAGGCUCUUCGUGCAAUAGUGGUUUGGAAAAGUCAGAACAAGGCAAAGAUGAAACAUAUUCAGUGUGUUUCGAAGAAUUUGAAGAGUCUGAAGAUCGUCCAGAUGGUGCUGCAAGCAGACAGAGUAACGCCUCAGGGAAAACAGAUGUCAUCAGACCCUCAAGCGCCAGGUCAUCCAGCUCUAAGAAGUCUGGUAGACUGAGCUCCUGCAGAACUAAAUCUAAAUACCUGGGUUCUCUCACGGUUCUGGAUCAGCAGCUGCCAGAGAAAGACUCCCAGCCACAGGCUGCUGACUCCCUCAGGGCGGCCAUUUACCAGGAAUGGCUUCGGAAGAAACAGGAGAAAUUACGAGCAGAGUUGAGGACCAAAAGGCGUGAGGAGAAACUAAAGGAGGAAAAAAAGAGAGAGGAGGAGCUUUCCAAAACAGAAGGUGGCAAGGCCUCGUAUGAAGCUUGGAAGGAGAAGAAAAGAGAAACAUUCAAAAUGAAGAUCAGAGAAAAGCAAGAGGCAAUGACAAAACAGGACAGGGAAAUGAAUGAAAAAAAGAGAAAGAAAACGGCAAAGAAGGUUUUUGAGAAAUGGAAACAAGACCAAGAGGAGGUUUUGAAAGGGAGGAUCAGAAAACAAACUCAGACUGAAAAUAAACUAAAGCAGGAGAAGCAGAUGGAGAAAGAAGACAGGAAGAAAGAUGCCUCUGCUGCUUUCUCCAAAUGGAGUGAGACCAAAAAGGAUGUCAUCCAACAACAAGUGAAGACAGAAAGAAGUAAAGAGAAGAUAAAGCAAGAGGAGGAGCGGUAUGAAAAAGAGGAGAGGGACGAGAUGGCUUUGGAGAUGUAUGACAAAUGGAUGAAAAGAAAAGAGUUCCAACAAAAAAGAGAGAAGAAUGAACAAAGGAUACAAGCCAUUCUUCAGUGUGAGCCUCGACUUCCCUGGAGCCCCCCAAACAAAACUGUGCCUUCUGGGAAAUGACCCUCCUAGUGCAACCACCCACCAUCUCCAGCACAUUUAAUCCUCUGUGCACACUAAAGACUUCCUGGGAUUAGAGUAGACCUCAUGGUGUGUGAAGCAUCUUGACCCUGGGAAAAUGCCAUUGAGUUCCUUAAGUAGAUAAUGUUCUGUCUGUUGAGGUCUGAAAUGUAGUGUAACCGGCCAUAGUUAAUGAGAGCUACUGUCAUGCCAGCUGCUGGGAAAGCCUAACAAAGUUUUUUUUUAAAACCUUUUUGUUUAUACAUUGUCAUUUGAUAGGCACUUAAGCAAUAUUUAUUGUAUUUGUUUACAAAAAAUAUCAAACUAAAGGAUAUCAUGAAUUUCCUGA